AUGUAUGAGGGGAAAUUGUUUAAUUGCAACGCACUGAUCAUUUGUUGUUGUCAUUUAAUCAAAAAUAUCUCUGACGAUGCUCAUAAAUAUUACAAAGAAAAUGGAAUGAAGAUGACAAAUGGCUCUUUGGCGUGCUUGACAACUGCGUGUAUCUCUCCAGCUUUCAACAUAACCACCACGGAAUGUCUGGACAAAUGGUUCACUGCAGUUACAACGGUGUUGUUGUCACCCAGCAAGACUGGAGAUGUGGAUGAUGCUAUGGAGAUCUUGAAGCAGCUCAAUGAUGAUAAUCCAAGUGGUCUAGUUGAUGAUCUAAUCACAAAACAAAAAAAUGUUACAUUAGAUGAACAAAUAAGAGAUGCUAAGACGUUUUACCGGUACAAAGAUUCCAAAUUUUUGUCCCGUUUUGAAAAUAUAGUUGUUCGGGUAAAAGAAACAUUACAAAUGUGUUCUAGUUUUGAAGAAAAUCCAUUGUAUAGCGUUGGAUUUCACAAUGAUAUCAUGGGGUCUAUCAUUCCGGUGAUUCCAAUGUGGACAGGCGUGAUGCGGUUCAAAGUAUAUGGGUCCACAGAUAGAGCAAGCAAUGCUCCAGCAGAGAGUUGGUUUGGAGAUUUAAAAACCAACAAAAAAUGUCGGCGAAUGAAAUGUGGAAGAUUUGUUCAACUUACUAGAAGUAUUAUAUUGAGUAAAUGUAAAGAAGUACUGCUAGAUAUACCUUCAAAUUAUUGUUCACUUCCUCCGGUCCAAAAUAAACAAAAGAAAACUGCAAAAAUAGAAUGUACAUCAUUUAUUAGUUUGGUUUCGUCAUCAUCUGAUGAUAACGAGGAAAAAGAACAUUGGGGACCUAGAAAGAAAAAAACGGGUUUCUACUUCCAGUUUCAUUUAAAAGCUGCAACAAAGAAACUUCAGACACAGAUAGUUAUAAAGCAUUCAUCCCCGAUAGAUAAUAUAAAAGAUGAUAGGAUUUGUAUUUCACCGAAUGUAAAUUUGCUCUUACUUGAUUCCCAAAAAAACAGAUGA